AUGGCUGCCACGGCCAACUCGUUGAAGAUAAGAAGGCGACGACUCUGCCACAGCCAGUGCAGCAGAUGUAGUCUUCCUGAUGACCUGUUGGUUCAGAUACUCUCCCGGCUACCCGUGAAGUCCACCCUCCGGUUCCGCUGCGUUUCCAAAGAGUGGCUUGCCCUCCUCUCGGAUCGCGGCACUUACUCCGUCAGAUACCUAUGUCCGACCAUAUGCGGCUUCUUCUAUCGACGACCCCACCUUGCAGGGUCUUGGCAGUACGCGCCGAUCCACCCUUAUAAGGAUCACCACUUGGAUCUCAACAAUCUCACCUCUCAUCUACCUGACCAUCGCAACCUGAAUCUAUUGGAUAUCUGCAAUGGUUUGCUUCUCCUCGGCUGCAGAGAAAACAAGAGCUAUAAGUCGAUGAUUAUUUGCAACCCGUUCCGGAAGGACGAGACAAAUUGGGUGACCAUCCAUAUCAAUGGCGCACUCAAACGACUAUCCCCAGUACGUCAUUUUGUCUCAGCGAAGUUGAUGACCCAUCGAGUCUCCCCUCAUUUCAAGUGCGCCCUCCUCUUUGGGGACUACCAUUUUAAUGAAUGGGGUAUUUUGGUGUUUUGA